AAAUGUCACCCCGAGGCGGUGGGCAUCUUCUCUGUUCUUGCGAUCCACUCCUCUGAAUCAACCUUCUAUUCUCUCUCACUUACACUCCUUUACCAUGCCCGCUAUUCCCUACGCCCAGUGCUACGCCAACGCCUCGAGCUUCAAGGGCCGCACCGUCGUCAUCACUGGCGCCGGGUCGGGCUUUGGCCGCGCGACCGCGAUCGACUUCGCGAAGCAUGGCGCGCGCGUUGUCCUCGGCGAUGUCGACGAGAAGGGGAUGCGCGAGACGGUCUCGCAAAUCGAGCGCGCGCACGGUAGCAAUGUCGUUGUCUCACGCCGUUGCGACGUCACAAACUGGGACGACCAAGUCGCUCUCUUCGCGGCCGGCGCCCAGGCGUUUGGCAGUAUCGACGUUGUCCUCCCCAACGCCGGCAUCAACGAGAUGGGUCGCUUUGACCCUCGCGAGGACGGCGACGUGACCAAGCUUACCAAGCCCAACCUCAAGACGCUCGACGUCGACCUCACUGCUGUCCUGUACACCACCCGCAUCGCGCUCUGGUACUUCGUCAACGACAAGCGCAGCGACCCCGGGGUGCGCGCCAUCAUCUUCACCGGCUCCAUGUCCACCUUCUAUGGCUCCGAAGGCGUCAUGUACGGCGCUGCUAAGGCGGGCAUUCUCGGUAUUCAGAAGGGCAUUGAGAAAGUUGCUCGUGAACUCAACAUUCGUGUUGCCACCGUCUGCCCAUAUUUCUCCAAGACCGCUAUCCUCACGUCCGACUUUGUGCAUCCCACCCCGAAGUUGGGGUACGCCAAGGUCGAGGACGUCGUGUCCGCGUUUGUCGCGGCCAUCACAGACUCGGACCCCAAGACGAACUUUGGCUGCUACCUCAUCCCGGACCAGUGGGGCGUGUACCGCAUGAACUCGCACGGGCAGUUUAUUGGCGCCGAGGGCGCGCGUCGUACCAGGGAGGAGAUGAAGGCGCUGUUGAGCAAGGGUAAGCUGUAGUUGUAGAGUAAACAUGCAGUCACACAAUAUCAGGUAGCAGCCGAGCCGCUGGUCAAGUUCGAGUACCCGUGCGGUCAAGCGUGGCCGGCAGCAGAGAUUUAAUGCUCGCGCGAGCGAUCACAUAGCUCUGUGAUAUGCAUGGCAACCUUUAGCUUCA